AUGUGUGAUGUCCCAGUAAUAUCGCAACGCGGUGAGAGCGUCGAAUUGACGCAAAUGUGGCACCGAGGUUCUCGAGAAGAAGAAAAAGUGGGCGAUUCAAGUGGUUUUCUUGAAACUCUGGGAAUAACAUCGUGGGGGGUGUAUCCAAAAGAGCGAGCCCGAUUGAUUAAUUUGAUCUUUCACAAACUGCACCGGAAUCCGAAGUUUCAUGUCGUAUUCGUUUGCUGUGGUGCUUUUUCCUCGCGGACUACAGUCACCGACAAAUCUACCAAUGUAUCUUUUCAACAAAUUGUUGUGGGGCCAAUUUCUAAGGUGGCUUCGUUAGAACAGUUGGCUAGCUGUGCCGAUGAAGAUCUGGUGACCUGCUACUCGAUCCAACAAGAAAUACCCUCGGGGAUACUGACAUCGCAACAGUAUUGCGUACUGGAGCUAGUGCCACAUGCACGCGGCGCUUCAAGUGACGUGAAAUUCUACACCCAGCAUCAUGAUGAAGCCAGGCUUAUUCUCGGCCCGGUUGUCGGUCGAGUCACACCCAAGACUGCACGAAUUCUUAUCGAGCUUGAUCGCCCCGUACCAAAUCUUUGUUGUACGUUGACCGACCCUGUGACACUGCAAAGGUAA